UCUUCUCAAACAAAGCCCGAUGGAAAUGGAAUGGCUCGAGAAGAAGACAACGAAGAUGGAGAUGGAGAAAUGCAAACCACCAUUUCAGUAUCCUUUUGACCACGCUGCCUUGGCUGAAUAGUAUUCGCUUCCCUUCCUCCGCACAACGAUAGGAUCGAUCGUGUCCCCAAGUCUCCCGAAGUCUCCGCCUGUGCUGAAGGUUCCAAGAAAAAGACUGGACUUUUGGAGACGAGUCAUGCUUCCAGUCCGAUGCUCGGUAGCCAUCAUUCCCCCACAAUGGCGUCAUCGGCUUCUUCAGAAAUGGAUCCGCCGGAAGAGAUGCCGUUCAAGGUCGACGACUUUCUCGCCCUCGAAGAAGACCCAGACCCGCCGACCCAGCACCGCCCUGCUGCUCAGCACUACGGUCGUCCUCUCCAGGACCAAAAGCACUGCCAUGAUAUCAAGAACAAGAACAACAAGAAUGCGGGGAGUUCGUCGGCUUUGACGAAGAGCGGCGGCGCCGCAAAAGUCGGAUUCAUUACGAGAUCUGAUCUUGAGAUGCUAGAUGAUGGAUACAGGUGGAGGAAGUAUGGAAAGAAGAAGGUGAAGAGUAGCCCAAAUCCCAGUGUCAUCCAGGAACUACUAUCGGUGCUCAGAUUGCGGAUGCAACGUGAAGAAGAGAGUCGAGCGACAUCAAGAAGAUUCAAGCUUGGUGAUAACCACAUAUGAGGGUGUCCAUAACCAUCUUGCCCCUCUACCUGCAGCUGCGAAGCAUCAGGCUAUCCAUCUGCCAAACUCUCGCCGCUAGUUCAUUGCGGAGAGAUUUAGGGUUAUCAUAGUAGGGCUAACACCAGCAAUUCGGGUUUAGAGCAUUGUGUUUUUGUUGAUGUAGCAUCUACUCAGCACACUUAUCCUCUACUGAAUAAAGCUUGUAUGCUACAUGUAAGAACAAUCUACAAUUCUAGUACAUGGUUGAGUUCAUUGGACUAAGAACUCAUGUAAUAUGUCAAUGGAUACAAUCGAAUGCAAAGAAACAGAGUUCAUCCUGUUAAAAUUAAUGGCUAUGUCAAAUGGCAUUUUACUUUC